AUGAACGCCAACCGCGUCAAUAUCCCCGGAGCCGUUGCCGAUAACGGAGGAGCCGUUGUUGAGCAGGUGGUGGAGGAGCAGGUCCAGCCGGUGGCUGCCGUUGAGGUGGCUGCAGUUGGUUCCUCUGUUUUCGCCAAUAAGGUACUUACUUGAUUUUUAUCCUAAUACUUCGCAUUUUGUUAUAUUCGCAAACGUAGAAUAUUAUCGACGUAGAGUUUUCUAACGUAAUACUACUUUCCAUUCUAUCAGUUUUCUACAAUAAUGUCUUGUAUCCUUGACAGGCGCUGCCCGCGUCCGACUCGGACGUCGAGGAGAUCUUGGGUUCCGCGGAUAAGCGCAGCUCGGCCUAA